AUGAAAAGUUUUCUCCUGUUGGCCGUCCUUGUGACGGCCUCUCAAGCCUAUUCGGUACCCCAAAAUGUACCAUGCUCGGGAACCACCACGUGUCUGAUCAACUGCGCGGUCGAUUCACGCUGCCCAGUGUUUAACUCUCUCAAGCCGGUGCUGCUUGUUGGUAGAUCCUGUGAUCGAUUCUACAAGUGUGAGAGUGGUCGCGCCUGCGAGAUGCAGUGUCCGUCUGGAACCCAUUUCAAUACCCGUGAGCAAGCUUGCGACUGGCCACAGCGCGCCUGCUGCGACCCGUCGAUCGAGUGUCGCCCCGACCCGUGUGGACCUAACGGAGAUUGCUCAGGAACGCAGCCACCGGUAGUUAUCCCUCCGGUAGUGAUCCCUCCAGUGAGCAACCCACCAUGCAGCGGAGGAACCAUUUGUGCUAGCCAGUGCCCAGUGGACAACCGCUGCCCAUUGUUUGACGGAUCGAAGCCAACGCUUCUUCAAGGAACCUCCUGCGGCGUCUACAUUAAGUGCAUUUCGGGUCGUGCCUGCCCAAUGAACUGCCCUGCUGGACUUCACUUCAACUCCAGGAAGCAGAUCUGCGACUGGCCAUUCCAGGCUUGUUGCGAUCCUAGCAUUGAGUGUCGCCCAGACCCGUGUGGACCUAACGGAGAUUGCUCAGGAACCCAGCCACCGGUAGUGAUCCCUCCGCCACCGGUAGUGAUCCCUCCGGUAGUUAUUCCUCCAGUAGGCAACCCGCCUUGCAGCGGAGGAAUUAAUUGUGCCAACAACUGCCCAGUGGACAACCGCUGCCCAGCUUUUGACGGAUCGAAGCCAACUCUUCUUCCGGGAUCUAACUGCUCAGUAUACGCCAAGUGUAUUGCGGGACGUGCUUGCCCAAUGAACUGCCCUGCUGGACUGCACUUCAACUACAGCAAGCAGAUCUGCGACUGGCCAUUCCAGGCUUGUUGCGAUCCCAGCGUUGAGUGCCGCCCAGAUCCAUGCCCGCCCGGUGCCUUCGGAUGCGGCCAGAAUAAUAACGCCAACAACAACUGGAUGUGGGGUUAG